UCCAACAACAUUGUAUAAAAUUUGUCUUCAACCAGGCAAGAUUAAUCAGAAGUUCUUUGCUCCAAAAAAAAAAAAAAAAACUUUAAAUAUUGAAUUAAAUUAUAUUUAGUUAACAAAAUUCUAAUAAAAUAAUGAAGUCAUUCUCAGUUUUGUGUGCACUUCUCGUGUUUGUUUACGGUAUUGCUGCUGAAACUUGUCUGAAUCCCCAGGUGACAUCCACAUCAUAUGUCACUGAAGAUGCAACAAUAUUAACAAAUGUUGCAUUUACAACUCAAUUUACACUAAAAUGCAGCAAUGGUGUUAAUGAUAUUUCACUUUAUGCUGAAUGUGAGGGAAAAUCGCUGCCGGCUGUAAGACUCAGUGCUGACAAUAAAUAUCAGGUUUCUUGGACUGAUGAUGUCAAAAAAGCAAGAUCUGGAGAUUACAUUGUUAAGUUGUACGAUCAAGACAGUUAUGCAGCAAUCAGAAAAGCCAUUCGUAAUGGCGAAGAUCCAGCAACAAUUAAAUCACUUGCUGUUGUCGUACUUAACAACCCAGGAGUCUAUCAAGGACCUUGGAUCAACUCAGAACUUCUUGCUGUUUUUCUUGCAAUUGGUGUAUCAUACGUUGCAUUUACAACAAAAUCAAAACUCCUUGCUUAAAUAGUUAUUAUCUAGUUUAAUUUCAUCAUACGUAUUUAUAAAAUGUGAAAAAACAAAAAUUAUAACUCAUCAAGAAAAAAGACACAUUGUGUUUGAAUUAAAGUGUAAAUAAUUAACUUUUUUUGUUUUUUAUUUCAAAAAAAAAAUAUAUAUAUAGGUAUAUAAAGAAUAA